GCGGCCCCGCCCCUCCUCGGGACUCGACCGGGCUGCGCUCACUGCCCAGCCGGGGCCUCGGGAGCCUCCAGGCGGAGAGGCUCCCGCCCGCCCUGAGCUGCGGCCUCCGCAUGGAGGGGCCACUCACUCCACCACCGCCGCAGGGAGGCGGAGCCGCCGCUGUUCCGGAGCCCGGAGCCCGGCAACACUCGGGACACGAGACGGCGGCGCAGCGGUACAGCGCCCGACUGCUGCAGGCCGGCUACGAGCCCGAGAGCCCUAGAUUGGACCUCGCUACACACCCGACGACACCCCGUUCAGGUGGCUCCAACUCCUGGGGUUCAAACAGUGCUUGCUGGAGUCCUGUCCGACUUGGCUUACCCCUCCUUAGCUGUUUCCUCCUAGAACUAUCUUCAGUGGUCUUACUGGCAGGUGUUGGUGUCCAGAUGGAUCGCCUUCGCAGGGCUAGCAUGGCGGACUACCUGAUCAGCGGCGGCACCGGCUACGUGCCCGAGGAUGGGCUCACCGCGCAGCAGCUCUUCGCCAGCGCCGACGGCCUCACCUACAACGACUUCCUGAUUCUCCCAGGAUUCAUAGACUUCAUAGCUGAUGAGGUGGACCUGACCUCAGCCCUGACCCGGAAGAUCACGCUGAAGACGCCGCUGAUCUCCUCCCCCAUGGACACUGUGACAGAGGCUGACAUGGCCAUUGCCAUGGCUCUGAUGGGAGGUAUUGGUUUCAUUCACCACAACUGCACCCCAGAGUUCCAGGCCAACGAGGUGCGGAAGGUCAAGAAGUUUGAACAGGGCUUCAUCACGGACCCCGUGGUGCUGAGCCCCUCACACACUGUGGGCGAUGUGCUGGAGGCCAAGAUGCGGCAUGGCUUCUCUGGCAUCCCCAUCACUGAGACGGGCACCAUGGGCAGCAAGCUGGUGGGCAUCGUCACCUCCCGAGACAUCGACUUUCUUGCUGAGAAGGACCACACCACCCUCCUCAGUGAGGUGAUGACGCCAAGGAUUGAACUGGUGGUGGCUCCAGCAGGUGUGACGUUGAAAGAGGCAAAUGAGAUCCUGCAGCGUAGCAAGAAAGGGAAGCUGCCUAUCGUCAAUGAUCGCGAUGAGCUGGUGGCCAUCAUCGCCCGCACCGACCUGAAGAAGAACCGAGACUACCCUCUGGCCUCCAAGGAUUCCCAGAAGCAGCUGCUCUGUGGGGCAGCUGUGGGCACCCGUGAGGAUGACAAAUACCGUCUGGACCUGCUCACCCAGGCGGGCGUCGACGUCAUAGUCUUGGACUCGUCCCAAGGGAAUUCGGUGUAUCAGAUCGCCAUGGUGCAUUACAUCAAACAGAAGUACCCCCACCUCCAGGUGAUUGGGGGGAACGUGGUGACAGCAGCCCAGGCCAAGAACCUGAUUGAUGCUGGUGUGGACGGGCUGCGCGUGGGCAUGGGCUGCGGCUCCAUCUGCAUCACCCAGGAAGUGAUGGCCUGUGGUCGGCCCCAGGGCACUGCUGUGUACAAGGUGGCUGAGUAUGCCCGGCGCUUUGGUGUGCCCAUCAUAGCCGAUGGCGGCAUCCAGACCGUGGGACACGUGGUCAAGGCCCUGGCCCUUGGAGCUUCCACAGUGAUGAUGGGCUCCCUGCUGGCCGCCACUACGGAGGCCCCUGGCGAGUACUUCUUCUCAGACGGGGUGCGGCUCAAGAAGUACCGGGGCAUGGGCUCACUGGAUGCCAUGGAGAAGAGCAGCAGCAGCCAGAAACGAUACUUCAGCGAGGGGGAUAAAGUGAAGAUCGCACAGGGUGUCUCGGGCUCCAUCCAGGACAAAGGAUCCAUUCAGAAGUUCGUGCCCUACCUCAUAGCAGGCAUCCAACACGGCUGCCAGGAUAUCGGGGCCCGCAGCCUGUCUGUCCUUCGGUCCAUGAUGUACUCAGGAGAGCUCAAGUUUGAGAAGCGGACCAUGUCGGCCCAGAUUGAGGGUGGUGUCCAUGGCCUGCACUCCUAUACCUUUCUGCCGUUUACGAAAAGCGGCUGUACUGAGGACAGUGGUGGAGGCCGAGGUGGUGGAGGGGAUGCACCCCAGUGUCCACUUUCGGGCACAGCCUCCCUCCAUAACUGAUGGUCCACAGAUUUGCACUACGGGUUCUCCAGCUCCUUUCCAGGGAGAGAGGAGGGGAGGUCCUGAGGGGACUGCUGCCCCUCACUCGGCAUCCCCUGCAGAGUCAGGACUGCUCCCUGGGCCAGGCUGUCCUGGGAGCCCCCACCGAGCCCAGCCAGCCAGGCUCUCAGGCCCUGCGCCUGCCUCAGGUCUUUCUUGCUGCAGCCUGCUCCAGCCUGGCCCCCACCCCAGGGGCAGGCGGCCCCUCCUGGCUUCUCCUGUAGGGCACCUCCCUGCCCCUAGCCCCCCAGGAAAUGGUGCUCUCCUGGCCCUGCCUCUGGCCCUUCCCGGGCCGCUGCCCCUCAGCCAUGUGGCACUUCUGAGCUCCUGAUCUAGGCCAAGGGGAGGUCUCUGCCCCCUUCCCCGGCCCUGGGCUACCCUUGGGUCCUGCUCCUCAGGCCGCUCCCCUGUCCCUGGCCAUGGGUAGGAGACUGCCCUGGUCAUGGCCGCCUGCCUGUCAUUCCUGACUCACCACCGUCCCCAGGUGAACCAUUCCUCCCCUCUCCUCAGCUGCAGUCGAAGGCUUUAACUUUGCACACUUGGGAUCACAGUUGCGUCAUUGUGUAUUAAAUACUUGGAAUAAAUCAAGCAGGUCUCAACGCCUCCACCA